AGUUAAAAUAAAUGAGCGGUAAACAAAAACACAAAACAUGAAUCGAUUAUUUUUUGCUAGAGCUUUAGGAUUGAGAGCAUUUUCCAGUGAAGUUCCUAGAAUCGAAAAAACUGUAAAUUCAGUGACAUUGUUAGGUCGAGUCGGUGCAGAUCCAUUAAAAAGAGGCACUGAUCAACAUCCAGUAGUAACAUUCUCAUUAGCAACUCACAAUAAUUACAAAUAUGAAAGCGGUGAUUGGAUUCAAAGAACUGAUUGGCAUAGAAUAGUUGUGUUUAAGCCACAACUAGGAGAAUCACUUCAAAAUUUCCUUAAAAAGGGACAACGAUGUUUGGUUACUGGAAAAAUCAGUUAUGGAGAAAUAACAGAUCAAGAAGGAAAGACUCGAAUGAGUACAAGCAUUAUUGCUGAUGAUGUUAUAUUCUUCUCAAAUCAGUGAUUAAAUUAUGUUUAAGUCAUUAGUACAGUAUGUUGAGCAUUUAAUAAAAUCAUACAUUUCAUUACCUCAAUAAA